AUGCGCGGCGUGACGAUCGCCGUACGUUCGUUCGGGCGCGCGACGAACGGAGACUGGCGAGCGGCGCCGAGUGCGGUCGGGUCCGUUCGGGUCGGUUCGGCUCAGCUCGAUCGGGCUCGGCGCUCGUUCGAUACGGAACGCAAUACGGACGCUCGCUUUGAGCACUCCACAGCGUUCCGUGCUGUAGCUCUGGUACGACCCGACGUUUAUCAGAAGGUCCUUUGGGAGAAGAAAUAA